AUGCUGUGCUCAAUAUCCGGCGAAGCUCCUCAGCACCCCGUGGCUUCGUCCAAGUCGGGAAUUGUCUAUGAGAAGCGUUUGAUUGAGACAUAUAUUGCAGAGAACCACAAAGAUCCAGUAAAUGGCGAAGAACUAGAAACUACAGAUCUCAUCGAUCUAAAAUCGUCCAGAAUAGUCACCCCCCGACCCCCAACGCUCACAUCCAUUCCCUCGCUUCUCUCGACCUUUCAAAACGAAUGGGAUGCUAUCGCUUUGGAGUCAUUUACUUUACGACAACAGUUGGAUCAGGUACGGAAGGAGUUGGCAACAGCCCUAUAUCAGCACGAUGCAGCAAUCCGAGUUAUUGCUAGAGUUACAAAGGAACGAGAUGAAGCUCGCGAUGCGUUGUCAAAAGUUUCUGUUGGUGCUGGGGCCUCAGGAAAUGGAGACGCGAUGCAAAUAGACAGCGAAGGUCUACCAGAAGACCUGGCUGCCAAAGUAGAUGCGACGCAAGAGAAACUGUCCAAGACACGAAAAAAGCGACCCGUACCUAAGACAUGGGUUGAUAGGGACACGAUCGAGAAGUUUGGUGUGGCGUCUUCCUCUGAAGAGCUAUUCGCAGGGGCGAGUUCCCUCGCUGUGGAUGAGAGCGGAGACUUAGUGGUUACCGGUGGAUCCGAGGGUACGGCUGGGAUAUACUCCAUAUCAGAGAAGAAAGUACAGCAAUCGUUUAAGGUUGGAGGAGCCGUCACAGAUGCAGUCUGGUAUGGCAGCCAGCCUGUAGUUUCCACGACAUCUGGUGCGGUUAAGGUCUUUGGCGACAGUGAGGCUACAUUCACAUCUCAUGCUGGCAGCGCCAAUGCCCUUGCGUUACAUCCAUGUGGCGACAUUCUAGCAUCAGUUGGGGUUGACAAAAGCUUUGUGAUCUACGAUCUUGUAAAGGGGAGACCAGUAACUCAGAUUUACACAGACUCAGAGCUCACUACUGCCGCAUUCCAUCCUGACGGCCAUCUUUUCGCCGCGGGUGGUGCCGACGGUCAAAUCAAAUUGUUCCACACGAAGUCUGGCGAAAACGCCGCUAACUUUGACUUGGGAGGACCCGUUCAAGACGUUUCCUUCUCUGAAAAUGGUAUCUGGUUUGCGGCCGUUGCUAAGGGGUCCAACAGUGUUGUGAUUUUUGAUUUACGUAAGGAGGGUAAAGCAGCAGAAGCUGAAGUCCUCGAAAUUGGAGGCCAAGUUGAUAGCAUUCGAUGGGACUAUACUGGGCAAUACCUGGCCGCCUCGGGCCCUCGAGGGCUUACCAUCACACAGUAUACCAAGUCGACCAAAUCAUGGUCAGACGUCAUCAGUACAGCAGUUCCGGCAACAGCAGUUGAAUGGGGGUCAGCGGCAAAGACCUUGGUGACUGUUAAUGGAGAUGGUAUAAUUACAGUGCUGGGUUAG